AUAACUUGGACCCAAAUAUCAUCAAUUCUAUCUAUUCACACAAUUCUUAAUCUUUUUUUCUCAAAUUUCUACAAAUAAACCAAAUCCAUGGCAUCAUCUUCUUCUUUUGCGAGUGAUUCACAGUACUACGAUGUCUUUCUAAGUUUUAGAGGUGAAGAUACACGUAAGAUAUUUAUGGGUCACUUGUACGAAGGUUUGAAAAACAGAGGAAUAUUCACUUUUCAAGAUGAUAAAAGGCUAGAGCAAGGCGAUUCCAUCUCAAAAGAACUCUUGAAAGCUAUCGAAGAGUCUCAAGUUGCACUAGUCGUUUUCUCAAGGAAUUAUGCUACAUCAAGGUGGUGCUUGAAUGAACUAGUGAAGAUCAUGGAAUGCAAGGAGGAAGAAAAUAGACAAACCGUCAUACCGAUCUUCUAUGAUGUGGAUCCAUCACAUGUUCGAUACCAAAGUGAGAGCUUUGCAGAAGCAUUUACCAAACACGAAUCGAGGUAUAAGGAUGAUGUUGAGGGGAUGCGGAUGGUGCAAGCAUGGAGAACUGCCCUAACUGCUGCCGCAAAUCUAAAAGGAUGUGAUAUCCGUGACGGGAUUGAAUCAGAGUGUAUUCAACAUAUUGUUGACCAAGUUUCGUCCAAAUUAUGCAAGGCUUCAGUAUCUUAUUUGCGAAAUGUUGUGGGAAUAGAUACUCAUUUAGAGAAAGUAAAAUCCUUACUAGAGAUGGAAAUCAAUGAUGUUCGGAUUGUGGGGAUCUGGGGAAUGGGAGGAGUUGGUAAAACGACAAUAGCAAGGGCUAUUUUCGAUACAAACAUGAAUCAAUUUGAUGGUGCUUGUUUUCUUGCGGAUAUUAAAGAAAACAAAUCUGGAAUGCAUUCUUUGCAAAAUAUCCUUCUCUCAGAACUGUUGAGGAAAAACGAUAAUUAUGUGAAUAAUAAGGAAGAUGGAAAGCACAUGAUAGCUCGUAGACUUCGAUUUAAGAAGGUUUUAGUUGUUCUUGAUGACAUAGAUCACAAUGAUCAUUUGGAUAACCUAGCAGGGGAUCUUGAUUGGUUUGGCAAGGGCAGUAGGAUUAUUGCAACAACUAGAGAUAAGCAUUUGAUAGGAAAGAAUGAUGUAGUAUAUGAAGUGACUAGACUACUUGACCAUGAUGCUAUUAAAUUGUUCCAUCAAUAUGCUUUCAAAGAAGAAGUUCCAGGUGAAUGUUUUGAGAAGCUCUCAUUGGAGGUUGUAAGUCAUGCUCAAGGCCUUCCUUUAGCCCUAAAAGUGUGGGGUUCUUUCUUACAUAAUAGGGACAUAACUGCAUGGGGAAGUGCUAUAGAGCAAAUGAAAAUGAACUCUAAAUCAGAAAUCGUUGAAAAGCUCAAAAUUAGCUAUGAUGGACUGGAGACUACACAACAAGACAUAUUUCUAGAUAUAGCAUGCUUCUUACGAGGGUAUGGAAAAGAUUACAUCCUGUCAAUUCUUGAGAGCUGUUAUUCUGGAGCAUAUAUUGAAUUGAGUGUCCUAAUUGACAAGUCUCUUGUGUUCAUCUCUGACAAUGAUACAGUUCAAAUGCAUGACUUAAUACAAAAUAUGGGUAAAUACAUAGUAAAAUUGCAAAAAGAUUCCGGAAAGCCUAGCAGAAUAUGGGACGUUGAAGGUUUCAAAGAUAUGAUGGUGGACAAUACGGGGACCAUGGCAAUGGAAGCAAUCUGGUUUACUCAUUCUGAAAAUCUAUUCUUUAACAAAUAUGACGUAAUGAAAAAUAUGCGAAGGCUUCGGAUAUUAUGCAUACAUGAUAGGAUCAAUUUUUCUUUGAUACUCAAUGGUCAUGAUGGUUCCAUUGUCAUUCCCAACAACUUGUGUUGGUUUGUCUGGCAUUAUUAUCCUUGCAAGUUAUUGCCAGAAAAUUUUAAUCUCAGAAGGCUUGUUCAUCUUGAUCUCCGAUGGAGUUCGUUGCAUCAAUUAUGGAAUGAAACAAAGCAGCAAUUGCCGUCUCUACGGAAGGUAGAUCUAAGUUACUCCAAAAGGCUGAAGAGGACACCCGAUUUCACGGGGAUGUCAAAUUUGGAGCAUUUGACUCUAGCAAAUUGUACGAGUCUUGAAGAGGUUCACCAUUCCCUGAGAUGUUCUAGAAAACUCAUUGCUUUAAAUUUGUCUUAUUGUGAAAGCCUUGAGAGGUUUCCAUAUGUUAAUGCAGAAUCUCUUGAAUCUCUGAGUCUUUUCCAAUGCUCUAGUUUAAAGAAAUUUCCAGAAAUCGUCGGAAUAAUGAAGCCGGAGUCAAAGAUUAAGAUGCAAUUGUCUGGGAUAAGGGAACUGCCAUUAUCUAUCAAUCAUGCGCUAGCUCAUUUUACAAAGCUAGAUUUGAGUAGGUUAAACAGCCUUGUAGUUCUUCCAAGCAGCAUUUGUAAGUUGAAAGGUUUGGUGAAGCUACAUGUAUCGGGCUGCUCAAAACUUAAAAGCUUACCGGAAGAGAUAGGCGAUUUAGAAAAGUUGGAGGAGCUUGAUGCCAGAUAUACUCUAAUCUCACGACCUACGUCUUCCAUCGUCCGCUUGAACAGGCUUAAAUUGUUGACUUUUGAAAAAGAAAAAGCAGAAGAUAGAGCGUACUUUGUGUUCCCUCAGGUGAAUGAAGGGUUACACUCAUUGGAACGCCUGAAUCUCACUUACUGCAAUUUAAUAGAUGGAGGACUUCCGGAAGACAUUGGAUCCUUAUCCUCUUUGGAAGAGUUGGAUCUCAGGGGAAAUAAUUUUGAGCAUUUGCCUCGAAGCAUAGCCCAGCUUGGUGCUCUUCGAUUCUUGAACUUACCAUAUUGCAAGAGGCUUACACAGCUGCCAGAAUUUCCACAACAAUUAGACACAAUAAAUGCAGAUUGGAGCAAUGAUUCGAUCUGUAAUUCGUUGUUUCAGAAUAUCUCAUCAUUGCAGCAUGGCAUCUCUCUUUCAGAUUCCUUGUCACUAAGAGUGUUUACGAGUUGGGAGAGGGAUAUCCCAAGUUGGUUCCACCAUCAGCGAAUAGGUACAAGUGUAACAGUCUAUUUGCCUGAGAAUUGGUAUGUAUCUGAUAAGUUCUUUGGAUUUGCUGUAUGUUGCUUUGGCAAAUUAAUUGACAUCACAGCUCACUUGAUUCCCUUAUCCAAGCAUUAUGAUUAUACUGGUAUUAAUGGGAUGUCGUCGAUCACCCAGGAAUUUUCCUUAUCCAACCAUUCCAAAUAUACUGGUAUUAAUUUUUUGUUGGUACCCCUUGCUGGCCUAUGGAAUGCAUCUAAUGCAAAUGGAAAAACACCAAAUGACUAUGGGCGCAUUAGGUUAUUUUCCACUGGAGAAAAGAAGAAGUUUGGAGUUCGUUUGAUGUAUAAAGAUGAACAUCAUGAAGAGGCCAGUUGCUCCUCUUCUAAGCCCAGGAUUUGAGAUUAAAUAUAGGAUGGGUGGGAAGAUGCUCACUUUGGGGACACAAAUUGCAGAUAAAUGGCAGGAUUAAUUUGCCAAAACAGGUGGAUGAAAGAAGCCUAGGAAUCAUACAGGUGGGGUCCGAGCAAGAUAGUGUUACUAUACCAAAAAUGAUUCUUAGUGGUAAUUAAUUAACGAUAAUAACUUAAUUGUCGCUAAAUAUGUCUUAUUAGAGGCAAUUAUUAGUAACAAAUAUAUUUUAACACUCUUUGUAAAUACUGCUAAAAUAUAUAACAACAUUGAAUCUAAUGAUAAUUAACUAAUGUUGAUAAAGAUUUUUAACACUUUCGUUAAUAUAUACAUUUAUUGUCUCUAAAAACUGUUUUUGUUAUAGCGUGUAUAGGCACAUCUUACCCUAUCUUUUCUUUUGUAAUGAUAGACAAUUUGUUUUCGAUAGAGAUGAAAAACACGUCAUUAAAAUUACAAGAAUUGAACAAAAAAGAAAGGUAACUUUUUUAACCAAAAAAUAAUAAUUUGUACCUUCUUGAAAAAUUGAAAGGAGAAAGAACUCCAGAAGUGUCUCUAGCUGCCCUGCCUUAAUUGGGUGUUCAUUUUCAUAUGAUUUAGCCAUUUUCUUGAUUUAAUUUUUUGGUUUUUGGAGAUAUUAUUACAACAAAUGUAUUGGUUUUCAAUUUUCAUUGGUAUAAAUAUCCCUUAGAUAAUGACGUAGUCGAUGAGGUGUGAAGCAAAUAUUAUCGUCAUGUCUUCUCUGUACAAUUUGCCUUUUUAUGGAUCAAUAAUAUAAGA